AUGCUAAUAGAACUUGAUCUUAUUGAGUCCUCCAUUACAAAGCGAAUCCGGAGGAACCCUGAUAUCUAUAUUCCUUCUAUAACUUCAAAGGACCAUGGCAUCCUUGGUAGAAAGAAAAGGAUAUCACCUAGCGAAACCUUGUUACAGCAGCAUGAAAUCAAACAUUUCAUAGAUAGAUACAAGAUUCAGGUGAAAAAACUAUCCAAGCUUUCUUCUGAAAUGGAUGCCGAUUUAACAGAUGAGUUAAAAGUGAUGAAAAGUGAAGAGGCUUUUGAGAUCUUCGUGAAACUUUACAAGAAGUCUAUUGAAGAGGAUAAAAAUCAGGCAUUUCUAAAGACUAAGAAAGAUUGGCAGAUAUACGAUAUGUUCUCUUCAAAUGAUGACUAUCUCGAACUACGACAAAGGUUUGACGGACAGAAAACGAAUGACAAAGAAAUCAGUAAAAAGAAAAGGCAUCUCUAUAGAGUGCUUAGUGAGUUUUGCAAAGACAUGACGUUGUCUUCGAUUUUUUCCCGUACAGAAGAGUUUGGGAAAUACCUAGAUCUACACACACAGUACAAGAAGUGGCUAGUGCUUCCGAGAAUCAAGCCAAUCAAUACCGACAAAAUUCCUGGAUAUUUGGAGUACCUUGGUGAAAUCACUAAAUUUGACGAUGAUUUGUUCAACAAGAGUGAUCAAUAUUACGAAUAUCUAAUGGAUCUAUCCGCAUACAUUGAAAGAUACUGGAUUAAAAUAAAUCCAUUAAUGAGACCGGAAAGAUCUCUCGUGAGUAUCAAAAAUCGAUUUACAGAAAUGCACUUCAAGGAACCAAGAGAACAAGGUAUUUAUUGCAUGGCUUGCAAGAAGACAUUUGCGAAGGAUACCGUGUAUAACUCCCAUCUUAAUGGUAAGAAACAUCGGAAGUCUGUGACUGAGAAUCGCAGGGGAGAGGUGCUAAAGUUAGAGUAUUUCAUUAAAGAGGUACUUACUACCUUAUUAGCAGAUCAGAUGUCAAAGACACAAAGCGAAACAGAGAGAUUUAAUCUACUUACUGUAAGAGAACGGCAGAUGGAGUUGACCAAAAUACAGGAUAUUUCGCUUUACGAAAUAGACUAUUUUGCAACAGACUCUGAUGACGAUGUUGUGGGAGCAGACGCAGAAGCAUAUGGCUCAAAUGCAAAUGGAAAUAUCGAGGAUGACGAAGACGGUCAUGGCCAAAAUUACAAUCCACUCAAUCUUCCAUUAGGCCCAGACGGGUCACCAAUACCUUACUGGUUAUGGAAGGCCAGUGGAUUGGGACUGGAAUUUGGUUGUGAGGUUUGUGGAAAUAUCGAGUACCACGGAAGACGUGCUUUCAGCAACCAUUUUUCCGAACCAAGACAUGUAAAUGGUUUGCAGAUGCUCGGUGUUACCGAGGAUUUUUCUCUCUACAAGGACUUGAAUAAAAUUGAUGAUGUGCUAAAAUUACUAGGGAAUCUUCAGAAGAGGCAGCGUGAAAUUAUUCAUCUUAAAGAGUCUGGCGAGGAAGUUGAAGAUGAGGACGGAAAUGCACUCAGCAAAAAGGCUUACCAGCAGUUGAAAAAACAGGGAUUGUUAUAA